UUUCACGCCCAACCAUUUUCCACCAAGCCGUCAAUCGCAAAGGUCCUCUUUUUUCAUUCCCGUUCAAGAAUUCCAAAAACCCCUCGAAAAACGAUCCCAAAAUGGCCCCCGCAAGUCAGGAACCCAAGUCCACCGGCACCUCCCGAAACAACCCUCGCUCCACGGAAGAACGCCCAACCCGGAAUCCGUACUUCAACUUUCUGAAGGACUUUCGGCGUGAAAACCGUGGCCUCAACCCGAACGAAGUGAUCCGGCAAGGUGCCGAGGAGUGGAACCAGCUGUCCGAAGCCCAACGCCGGCCUUUCGUCCUGGAAGCCAUGAACCAACCGCCGAUGGAGCGAGUCCGCCGGGCGGCCCCACGAUCGCGGUCUCCUAGGCGCAGACGGUCCCAGGCCCGGGUGGGACGAUCCCGCAGCCGAUCCGGGAGCCGGUCGGGAAGCCGUUCCCGUCGGGGAGGACGCAGACAUUGAGAUGGGUGGCGAUUUGCAGAAAUAUUUAUUCGAAAUUUAAUCGAGUGUUGAAGAAUAAAACUGGGAAAACG